UAACGGCCCGCGCGGCUCGAAGCGGCUCGGAGCGGCUGAGGGGAGCUCGCAGACGGACGGGCAGACACACGGACACACGUCCUCUGGGGAUCUCCUGUCGCCCGCGGGUACGUUUUCCUUACCUCAGGAGAAGCCAAGUGUGGUAUCAAUGGAGUGUACUGUGUGGACUCGUUCUGAAAGUGCUGAUGAAGAACUGGUUGCAAAUGUACAGUCGUUACGAGAUCAGCUGAGGAGAACUGAAAAAAGUCUACAAAGUCUAGGGGAAGAGCUUUCCAGUACAAGUGAAUAUUCUGACAACUGCUUUGAUGAAACUGCAGACCUUACCCUGGAGGACCUUGUUCAGCCUAAUUGCAACUAUCAGUGCUCUUCCAACUGCAAGAAGAUUGCUGGUAGAACAUCUCGCCAGGAUUUUCAAAGAAAAUCUGAAUCUGAAUUGACACCUAUAACUUAUGAUAAAUCUGUGGAAGAAAAUGAACGUCUUAGGGAGAAGAUGAAUGAUCUUCAUGAGCAAAAUGCAUCUGUGGCUUCUCAGAACCGCUACCUAAAGAAUAGAACUGAAGCAAUGAACUUGGAAUUGAUGCAGUUAAAAACAAGAAUUUUUUAUCUUGAAUCAACUUUAGGUACACGUUUAGUCAGCAUUCCUAAGUUAGAAGAACGGAUUGUAAAUCUGGAAGCAGAAGUUUCAGCUCAAGAUAAAAUUCUAAGAGUUGCAGAAGAUAAACUAGAGCAAAGCCAGAAAACAAUAAUGGAAAGAGAAAGCAUGUUGCACAGAUAUAAAAAGGACUAUAAAAAUCUGAAAAUGGAGUUAAUUGAACAAAGCAAGCAAGGAAAAAGAACAGAACAGCAAAGAAAUGAAGCUUUGUUGAAUGCUGAAGAGCUGACAAGAGUUUUCAAAAAGUAUAACGAGAAAAUAAUUGAAAAAUUAGAAAAAGUUCAAGCUGAAAAAGAAGCCUUGGAAAAAUAUUUAAUGAAUUGUGAAAAAGAAAAAGAGAAGUUGAAUGAAAAUUGUAUCAGUUACAGGAAGGAUCUCGACUUCCUAGAAGAGCAAUUAAGGAAAUUAAGGAAAGAGAAUCAUAGCACAAAAGAGGAAAUUAAGACUCUAGAAGCAAAGAACGCUGAAAUGGUAUCAGUGCUGAGUCAGUCUAAUCAGAAGAUUCUUGAGCUUGAAAGUGAACUUAGUGAAAAAGAAACAAUACUUAAGGAGAAAAAUGCUCUCAUUAGUGAAAACACAAAGCUGAAAGCGCUUACUGCACAGCAACAUAACCGCUUGAAAUUAUGCCAUCAAGAAAUUGAGGAUUCAAGGGAAGAGGUCAAUGUGCUAGAAACCAUUAUUUCCCAGUUAUCUUUAAGUACAUCUGAAGAGUUUAAAUGGCACCACUUGAAACAUGAGCUAUCCUGUUCAUCUACAAAAGAGACUGCCUCUGAAUCUUGUGAAUCACGUAAACCUUUGAUUGCAGACUUAAGCAUUGAACUGGCAAUGAAGGAAGCAGAAAUUCGAAAGCCUCACUCUGACUUAACUGUCCAUAAUAUUGAACAUCUUUUGGAUGAUAAUGAAAGACAAGAAAAGAGCAGGUUAUGUGGCCUGGAAACAGAGCCUGUCAAAUUGAUUAGAGAUCAAGGAGAGAGGAAGAAGUGUCAACAGUUGGAACUUAUCAGUAAACAAUUUGAAAAGGAGAGGCAAAGAUUCAAGAAAGAGAUAGAAGAAUUAUGUAUUAAACUGACAAAAAUUGAUGAUGAGAAUUCUUUUUUGAAGACCAGCAUGGCUCAGAGCGCCAGUCAGUUUCAAAUCAUACAAGAAGAGCUAUUGGAAAAGGCUUCAAAAACUAAUAGUUUAGAGCAAGAAAUAGUAAAGAAAUCUUCUCAACUUUCGGCACUUGAGAAACAAUUGGAAGAAAAGGCUGUUGCUUAUUCUGCUGCUGGCAAGAAUACGGUGUUGGAACAGGAACUUAUGGGAAAAAAUAGCCGCAUUCGUGAGUUGGAAACAACUGUCAGUGAAGAACAUGAGCAAAUAACUUCUGCUUUUGAAAAAGCAAAAUUGGUUCAUCUUGAGCAGCACAGAGAGAUGGAGAAGCAGAUAGAACUACUUCAGACACAGCUAGACAAGAAACAUCAACAACUUGUACAACAAGAAAAGACAAUAUCUGUUUUGCAACAAGAUGUUAUACAUAAGCAGCAUCACAUUGAAUCAUUGGAUGAGCUACUGAUAGAGAGCAGAGAGGAAAUGAAAAAACAAAACAUCAAGAAAGAUGAGGGACUGAAGAUACUGCAGAGUCGGUUAACUGAACAAACAAUCAAAGUGAAACAACUAGAGUCAGCACUAGAUAUAUGUAAGGAAGAACUUGCACUGUAUUUGAGUCAAUUGGAAGAAAAUAAGGAGAUGUUUGAAAAUCAGCUCAAAAAGAAGUCUGAAGAGGUUUUUUAUUUACAAAAGGAAAUAAAACUGAAAGGUCAUGAUCUUCAGGACACAAGUGAACAAAAUAUUCUUCUGCAACAAACCUUGCAUCAUCAGCAGCAAAUGUUGCAGCAAGAAACUAUUAGAAAUGGGGAACUGGAAGAUAAUCAAAUUAAGCUUGAAAAACAGGUAUCUACUUUGGAACAAGAACUUCAGAAACAGAAAGCGCGUGCAGAAGAUGAGUUGAGAAAGGUAGAACAGAAGCUUUGUCUAGCUUCUCAGGAAGCAGAUUUAAACAGAAUGAAGGUAGAUGAACUUAACAGCAUAAUCAGGCAAAUUAAGUUGGAGAUGGAUCAGUACAAGAAUGAACUUACUGUUAUGGAAAAAGAAGUAGUACAAUUAAAACGAGAUGCUGAAGACAAAGCAAUGCAAAUAAAUCAAUUGGAUGUCACUUUGAAAGAAGCACAAUCAGAGCUCAAUGAAAAGACAAAUGAGGUGAAUGAUUUAGAAGAUAAGCUGCUUCAAAGUGAGACUUGCCACAGGGAAGCGUUACAGAAAAUAGUAGAACUAGAAUCUGCAUUACAGAAUGCCAAUGAAGAAUUAAAAAUCACUUUAACACAAGUUCAGGAAUUGCAAGAAGCAUUACAGAACGCACAGUCCUUUCUAGAAGAGAAACAUGUUGCUGUCAUGAAUCUAACAGCUGAGCUCAGGUAUUGCAAGGGAGAAAUUGAAGACAAAAAGCAAGAACUGCUCGACAUGGACCAAGCACUGAAAGAAAGGAAUUGGGAACUGAAACAAAGAGCAGCUCAGAUUACACAGUUGGAUAUGACAGUUCGUGAGCAUAGGGGAGAAAUGGAACAACAAAUAAUUCAAUUAGAGAGCAAUUUAGAGAAAUCUGAGUUAGAAGUUAAGGAAUGCUAUAAACAGAUUGAGAGCUUAGAGAACAAACUCCAGCAUUCUAAAGAUGAGCUUUGUGAAAAGGAGUUUGAAAUACUCCAAAGAGAUCAAGAAAUAAAUCAGCUGAAGAAGAAAAUUGAAAGAAAGCAACAGAGCCUAGAAGCUCUUGAGAAGACAGUGAAAAAACAGGGGAAUUGCAUUGGAGACCAGUACAAAGAAGCAUUAGAUUUGGGUCAGCAAUUGAAGCUAGAACGAGAACAGCUGCAGCACACUCACUCAGAAUUGGUGGAGACUCGUCAAAUGUUAGUUCAGGCCCAAAGAGAAGCAGACAGGCUCUCGCAUGAAUUGGAAGAACUAAACCAUCUGUCCCAAGAAAAAGGUGACUGA